AUGAUAAUAAGGAUCAUCUAUUGCAUUCCUUCUAUGGUUUUGUACGUCUUGGUGUUGGUGGCACUGUUCAAAGAAGUUAAAGCAUCAAAAGGACACUUCUACUACUUACUCAUGACUCAAGCAGUUCUGAAUAUUGCUGUAUUUCUAAAUUCGUUUUAUGCAGUCCAACUUGCCAACGUGACGGAGGUAAAAGACUGGUGGAGCGUUAUGUAUACAAAAGCUCCUACUUUUAUAAUUUCUAUUAUGUGGAGCUACGGUUUUCCAGCGGCGAUAGUCAUCACCCUGUUCACUCCGUUCUUUGCAACAUAUCAAUUUUUAGUUUUUAAGAGUUGGUUCGAAGAGGACAAGGAAUCCAAGCAUUUCAUUUUAAAAACAAAUGCAAAUCUCUACGUUGUCCUGACCGAGCUCUUAAUCUUCAUGUGUUUAUUUUUGGUUCUGACGUGCAGUGUGAAUGCCAUCUCAGUAUUCUUUCUCUGCUGUCGCCGUGCCAAGAAUCGAAGUCGAGUUGAACGAAAUAUGUUCUUACUAGCACUGUUGGAUUUGUUGAUCGAGGCCGCUUUCUUCAUAUUGUUUGUAUGUUUCUCAGUUUUUUCGUUAUGA